AUGGAUCAUUCAGAACUUAUACAAGAAAUGGUGCUGUUAGAAAAAAUGACAGCCCAAGAAAGACUUAAACAUGCACGACGACGACGACAACAACAACUUAAAAAUUGGGCACAACGAGAAGGUCUAUCAAGUAAUAAUACAACAAUAUCAACAGGUAUAGUUAAUGGUACAAUAACAACAUCAACGACAGGAACAAAAUCAAUUAAAUCAUAUUCUAAAACAAAACAACCAUCUGUUAAGUUUCCUGAAAAUAUUAUUUUAUUAGAAGCUACAGCACGUCAAGACCUCGAUGAAGUUCGUCAUCUUCUUCAAACGGGAAAAUAUAGUCCAAAUACAGCUAAUGAAGAUGGUCUUACACCAAUGCAUCAAUGUUCAAUUGAUAAUAGUGAAAAAUUAUUAAGAUUAUUAAUUGAAUAUGGUGCAGAUAUUAAUGCAAGAGAUCGAGAUCUAUGGACGCCUUUACAUGCUGCAGCUACAUGUGGUCAUUUACAAAUAUGUCGAAUUCUAGUUGAAAAUGGUGCUGAAUUAUUAGCUUUAAAUGCUGAUGGUAAUAUGCCCUAUGAUAUAUGUGAUGAUGAAAUAACUCUUGAUUAUAUUGAAACACAAAUGGAUCGUAUUGGUAUUACACAAGAAAUGAUUGAUAAAACAAGAGGAGAAGUUGAAAAUAAAAUGUUAAUUGAUUUACAAAAUUUAGUUAAAAAAAAAUCUCAAGGAUCAUUACGUUCCAUUGAUGAUAUACUUUCAUAUAGAAAUCUUGAAGGUGUAACACCAUUACAUAUAGCUAGUGCUAAUGGUUAUCAAACUGUUGUAGAAUAUUUAUUGAAACAAAAUGUAUCAAUUAAUCUGCAAGAUAAUGAUGGCUGGACACCAAUUCAUGCAGCAGCAUUUUGGUGUCAACAAGGUGUUCUUGCUCAAUUAAUCGAAACUGGAGCAGAUAUUUAUGAAAAAAUUCCUGAUGGUCGUUCAGCACUUGAUCUAUGUGAUGAUCCUGAUUUACGUGCAUUUCUGGUCGAUUUUCGAAAACAAAAUAUACGUAAUCAAGAAAAAGCUGCAGCUGCAGCAGCAGCUGCUGAAUUACAACAAAAAACAAGUCAUCGUCAUUCAGUAAAUACAAAUACUGUAUCUAAUGGAACAACAUCUCGAACAGGUACAUUAUAUGAAUCACGUUCAAGUGUAUCAUCUCCAUAUGGAAGUGGUUCAUCAUUAAAUCGAACAAGUUCAAUUCGUCGUGCAUCAAUACGUGAUCGUGAAAAAGUUAAAAAAUUAAAUGAAAAUUUUCUUGAUGUAUUACAAGCAAAAGAUAAAAUACAAGAAGAUGCUGAUGAACCAAUAGCAAAUGUUAUAACAAGUAAUGGAGCAUUACCAACUACAACGAAAUUAACAACAAAAGAAGAACGAGCAAAUAGUGUAACAACAGCAACUGAUUCAACUGUACGAGAACCAGCAACAGCAACAACAACAACUUCAGUAAAAAAAUCAAUUGCACCAGUCAUUGAAGUAACUUUACCUCCAUUAAAAGUUCCACCACCAUUACCACCAACUCAAACUACUGCUGAUACAUUAAGUGAUGUUAAACGACGACGUGAAGAGCGACGUCGUGGUAUAGGUGGAUCAUCAUCAACUGUACCUCCUGCUGUGACUUCUACGCCUCCAACAUUACCUAUGAUUGAUACAAAUCAUAAAACUAAUAAUGGUAAUACUAAUAAUAAUAAUACUAAUAAUAAUACCAAAAUAUCAAAUGGUAUUUAUGCAUCAACAAAAGAUGAUCCGUUACACAGGUUUACAUCACCUAAACAUAUUGAAAUACGUGAUCAGCAUAAAAUUGAUGAUGAUCGUGAAAAACGAAUUUGUUGUACUAUUUUGUGA